AUGGCUGUGAUUUCAGAUAUAAGAAAGCCUAAGACGCAUAAAGGAAAAAGAGUCUUGGAGCGAAGAGCUCCUAAAUUAGUUGAGAAUGACAAAUGCACCCUUGUUAUAAAGGGUGGCCACACAAGUGAAAUUGUUAAUACGUUUCUCAAUGAUUUAUGCGCCUUGAAAAAACCACUUGUUUACCGUUUAAAGUGGAAAAAUAGAGUCCUCCCCUUCGAAGACUUAUCAUUUAUCGAGAAAAUGUGCAUCAAGUUCGACUGCUCAAUGUUUGUUGUUGGGAUGCAUUCCAAGAAAAGGCCGCAUAACAUUAUUUUUGGAAGGCUGCACGAUGGUGAGCUACUAGAUAUGUUUGAGCUUGGCAUAAAAAUGUACAAACCGAUAUCGGAUUGUAAAGACAAAACUCUUAUAUAUGGAGCUAAGCCCAUGUUAAUGUUUUCUGGAGAGUUGUUCAACUUAGACACAAAAUAUAUGACUUUAAAGUCUUUGUUAAUAGAUCUUUUUAAGGGCCCAACAGUUGAGAAGAUAAGAACAUUAGGUGUUGAACACCAGUUCCACUUUGUCUUGUCGUCAGACAAGAAUCUGUGUCUUCGCGUCCGGAAAAUAACUUUGUCAACAAAAGGCAAAACCAACUCAACUGAACUCAGUGUACCACCUCUAAAGACUCCAGAUGGGAAAGUGGUUCAGAUUUCACUUGAAGAUGCUACCCCAAGUGCUGACUUCGAUCUACGACGAGUAUCUUUGCCGUCCGAGGACAAAUGGAAACGAGCUCACCGUGUACCCCCUGAAGUUAUGAAAGGUGACAAAACGCCUAAAAAUAAAUCUGUCGAUGUUUUCGGUAGCCGAAUAGGACGAGUUCAUGUUGGCAAGUCUUCUGAAUUGGAGAAUUUACGACCUGGAUCUACCAUACGAACUGCUCUGACCGGGCAUCGAAAACGUGGUUUUGAACGAAUAAAAUCUGGUGUUAGCAAAUCUAAAAAAACUUCAGUUCCUGUUGACCUUAGUGCUAGCAAACGGCGUAAAUUGUUUACUGAUGCUUAA